UUCAUGAUGAAGUCCACUUGGGGGAGCCUUCGAACAACAUGGCAAUCCUCCUCAAGUUUGUGCACUUCCUUUCUAUUGUAUACUCCUUGUUCCUCAUCGCCACCGGAAGCGGCGUCAUGGCCUCGUCGCCGGUCGUCAAAGCGGGUUAUUAUCCGUCAUGGGCUUUGGAUAAUCUCUCGCCUUCGGCCAUAAACACAUCAUUGUUCACCCACAUCUUGUAUGCUUUUCUCGUGCCCAACAAUGUUACUUUUGAGUUUGACAUUUCAAAUUCAGAGGCUGCGAUCCUCUCAAACCUCACCACCACCCUUCAUCACAAGAACCCGGGCAUCAAGGUUCUUUACUCCAUCGGUGGAGGUGGUGUUAAUCCCAGCCCUUUUGCUGCCAUGGCCUCCUCUGUCUCCUCUCGUCGAACUUUCAUACAUGCAACCAUAGAGGUUGCGCGCAAAUAUGGAUUUGAUGGGGUUGACCUUGAUUGGGAAUUCCCUGAAAGCACAAAAGAAAUGGAUGAUUUUGCCCACUUGCUUAAAGAAUGGAGACAAGCAAUCCAAAAGGAGGCUAGGAGCACAAAUAAGCCUCCCUUGUUGCUCACCGCCGCCGUGUACUACUCGGCGGACUUCUUAACAUACGGCAGCCGCCGCUCGUACCCGGCCGCUUCGAUCAAGGGGAAUUUGGAUUGGAUCAAUGUGAUGUGUUAUGAUUAUCAUGGAUCAUGGGACACGUCGGCAACGGGGGCCCAUGCUGCAUUGUUUGAUCCAAGAACUAAUCUGAGCUCAAUCUACGGGCUCAAGUCGUGGAUCAAGGCCGGAGUACCUGGAAACAAGGUGGUCAUGGGCUUGCCGCUCUAUGGGAAAACAUGGAAGCUCAAAGACCCAAAUUUGCAUGGGGUUGGAGCACCCGCCAUUGGCGUGGGUCCUGGAAGUGAUUCAGGUGAAGGUGUGCUACUUUUCUCAGAGGUGGAGGCAUUCAAUAAGAGGACCAAAGCCACUGUUGCGUAUGAUGUGGACACUGCGUCAGUCUAUUCCUUUGUCGGUACAACGUGGGUCGGGUACGAUGAUGCCCUAUCGACAACGGUGAAGAUUGGGUUUGCUCAGGCACUUGGGCUUCGUGGGUAUUUCUUUUGGGCCAUCAGUUAUGAUAACGAAUGGAAAGUCACAAAACAAGCUUCAAGGGUAUGGAUAGUUGAUAAAUGAGAUUGGAGCUUCAUUAUUUACCCUGCUUUGAGCUCUCGGUAGAUUCCAUAGUGUACCAUAUUUGGUUACAAAUGAACUGCAAGAUUUUUACAAGUUAGUCCUGAAAAGUGCAUAUUGAAGACCAUCUCAUGGAAUGUAAGAAUGGUUAUAAAGACUCCUGUGUCUUCCACUUCCAAGAAUAGUUUUAAGAAUUCUGUGUUUCCCCUAUGGGGAAUUCCCCUUUAUGUUCUUAGCAAAUGAGUCAUUUGCUGAUUUAUUUCGAUGUUGUCUGUUGUAUUCUAUGAUUAGCAGUGCCUACUGGUAGGUUGCUUGAGUCUAUGUAGCUGUGUUGCUGUGUUUUGAACUUUAAUGCUUUAAUGAAAUGAAUUAUUCAUCAAAAAGAAACAAAA